AUGGAAAACGUCCACGAACUGAAGCACCCGCUGCUGGCCACAUCCCCCGGGAAGGGGCCCCUCCAAGCUGGGAUGGCCGGCCUGACAACUGCCCCGGACCCUUCUGGACCGCCAUCAUCCCGCCACAUGCCACCCCCCUUCUCCUGGCUCCAGCCGGGCUCUGCUGCCCUGGCCCACCAGCUCCUGGAUCCCAGCAACCUGGAGAGGACAGUGGAGCCGUACCAGACGCCGGAGUCGGUGCUACACCCCGAGCUGUGGAAGGCGAGUGCCCUCCAGGGCUGGAAGAAGAAAGAUUAUAUCGAAACGGCCUUUGGGGACAGCAAAGAGGCCGGGGAGCUGCCCCGGAAGGCGGGCCUGGAGAAGGACAUCCGCACGGUCUGCUACGAGGUGGGCGACACGGAGCUGCCGGAUCUGGAGAAUGACUCCUCGACGGACAGCGACACGGAAAGCGAGAGCAGCUUCUCCACGCUCUUGCCGCAGGAUUACCUGGGCCUGGCCGUGUUCUCCAUGCUCUGCUGCUUCUGGCCACUGGGCAUCGCCGCCUUCUACCUGUCCCAAAAGACCAACAAGGCAUCGGCCAAGGGGGACUACCCAGAGGCGUGGACGGCGUCCCGGCAGACCUUCGCGCUGGCCGUCCUGUCCAUCAUUCUCGGCAUCUGCACCUACAUCGGCGCCGUGGUGGCCCUGAUCGCCUACCUGUCCAACAAGGCGCCCACCUAG